AUGUACCCAAUCCGUGGCGUCCCAUUCCGCCUAACCGACACGCCCUACACGCUCCUCUACCGCCCCCGCCCCUUCGGCGACACGCAACUAAUCCUCGCCCUGCGCGACAUCGAAACGACGACCGCACUCGCCGGCGAGCAACUAACGCUCUACCGCGCACAAUACGGCGACGAACAGCAAUUCUCGCACUCCGCCAGCGGGCCUCUCGGCGGCGUAUUUCGCUACCCGAGCAGCAACGCGCAGAUCGUAUUUCGCGAACAUGCGGGCGCGAUUGGGGUGCCUGUUACGAGUACGUUCAAGGUGGCUGCGAAGACGAUCACGGGGAUUCGAGGCGCGGCGUAUUAUCAUGGGUAUGUGGAGGAGGCGUGGAUUACGGUUUUGGAGCAGGUGGGACGGAGGAUGAGGGAGGUUGGGUGGGUGGACUUGAGGGUUUUGGAGGGGGGAGUGAGGGAUGGGUAG